AUGUAUAUAGAUUUGAAGUUUGAAUGAUGGAUGAUGGAUGGUAGGGCAGAGAAGACAAGUAGUUAGAUGGUAGAAUGUUCAUAAAAUACCUCGAGAGGAAAAUCUGCCUUGCAUUUUGUUCUGAAGUGCCUGCAUUUAGAAUCUGCGGUUCGAGCAUCCAUCUUGCUUGCCUCGGUGGUGGUGGUGGUAGUGGCGGUGGCUGUGGUGACUAGAGACUAGAAAGUUAGAGAUGGGACCUGGUGGACCAGGAGGACCCGGUGGCCCUGGUGGAUGGGGAGGAGGACCUGGAGGCCCUGGUGGAUGGGGAGGAGGACCCGGAGGCCCUGGUGGAUGGGGAGGAGGACCCGGAGGCCCUGGUGGAUGGGGUCCAGGGCCUGGGGGUCCGGGUGGAUGGGGUCCUGGCCCGGGGGGUCCUGGUGGCUGGGGGCCGGGGAUGGGAGGACCUUUCGGUCCAGGUCCCGGAGGUCCUUGGGGUCCUGGACCUGGCGGCUUUUGGGGUCCGGGACCUGGGUUCUUCGGACCUGGUGGCUUCUUCGGUGGCUUUGCUGAUGGUUUGUGCAGCAUGAUAUCUUCUUGCUUCUAUUGUCUUUGCUGCUGUUGGUUAUUACAAGACUGCUUUGGCGGACCUCGUGGCCCUUACGGUCCUCCCCCACCCUUCUGAACCUUCUUUUUCCGCUGGACAGAGGCCAUUUGCGACUUGAGUGUUGUUCAUCUUAAGACUACUGUGCAUCUUAUUUUGUUGUUCUUUUCAAUAAGCAAUGCAUAUGAAUCACCACCUUAGUUAUGUACUGGAAUCAAAGCCGCGUUUCUGGCAUUGCCUGCUUCUACAACCAUUCUUCCUGUAACAAUUGGGGUUGUUUUUAUUUUUAAAAUAUAUGUCCAUGAAGAAAUACAAACGAGGAGAAUCUAUUUUUGUGCAAAGGUUUGACCUGUUUCAAUAUAAUAGUCGAAAGCCU